UUGCCUUGUUUACAUUGGUGGCACGCGGGUCAGGAGCGGAGCGGAGCGUGGCGUGGCGUGGAGGCUCUUGGGGGGGCCUAGCGGACGAACUACUUUCGCAACAACCUCACUUCACUGACGCAGCAGCGGCGCAACUUUCUCUCCCGUCCCCGCUGCAGUCUCCAAAAAAAGAAACUGCAAAAACUUUUUUUCAGCAACGCAACAGAGAACCAGGCGAGUUUUUCUCUCUCUUUUUUUUUCUUCACGUGCCCUUGGACAGGAAAGGGAAAGUCGCAAAAAAGACGAGCGCCGUAACAAUCGCUGGAGUGUGAAGAAGGAAUAGCUUAGCAACAGAGUCCCACUUCCUGACGGCGGGAGACGGAUUCAAAGGCCUUGACAUCAUGGAUAUGGACACGCAGCCGCAAGGACAGCAAGCAGCCGUGCCGGUGUUUCAGCCACAGAAACCUCUGCAGCCAGACAUGGGCCACAAUUCGCUGGCUAACUUUCAGAUUGAGAAGAAAAUAGGCCGAGGACAAUUCAGCGAGGUUUACCGAGCCAGGUAUCUAUUAGACAACACGUCUGUGGCCCUGAAGAAAGUCCAGAUAUUUGACUUGAUGGAUGCCAAAGCUCGGCAGGAUUGCAUCAAAGAGAUAGAUCUCCUUAAGCAACUCAACCAUCCAAAUGUGAUAAAGUAUCACGCGUCUUUUAUUGAGGACAACGAGCUAAACAUAGUACUGGAACUAGCUGAUGCCGGAGACCUCUCGCGUAUGAUCAAGCACUUUAAGAAGCAGAGGAGGCUUAUCCCCGAAAGAACUGUGUGGAAGUAUUUUGUCCAGCUUUGCAGCGCACUUGAGCAUAUGCACUCCCGGAGAGUCAUGCACAGAGACAUCAAGCCAGCCAAUGUAUUCAUCACGGCUACAGGAGUCGUGAAGCUAGGAGAUCUGGGACUGGGGCGGUUCUUCAGCUCCAAAACCACGGCCGCUCACUCUCUCGUGGGCACACCAUACUACAUGUCACCGGAGAGGAUACACGAAAACGGAUACAACUUCAAAUCGGACAUCUGGUCGCUGGGAUGCCUGCUCUAUGAGAUGGCAGCGCUACAGAGUCCAUUCUACGGAGAUAAGAUGAACCUCUACUCCCUUUGCAAGAAGAUCGAGCAGUGUGACUACCCUCCUCUUCCAUCAGAUCAUUACUCCGAGGAACUGAGGAAUUUGGUAGAUAUGUGCAUCAACCCCGACCCGGAGAAGAGGCCGGACAUCACCUACGUGUACGACAUCGCCAAACACAUGCAGAACGUGACGCAGGGCAGCUAAACCCCGGAAUGGCACAAACUAUAGCUUGUAGAACACAUCCCUCCUCGAUUUCCAUGCUGGACGUGUACACAUCUAUCUGCUUCUAUGCAAAUACUUAGUCCAGAGCUCAUUGUGAUAAGCGGACGGCAUUUAUAACACGGUUUUUUGGAGGGAUGUAAACGUGAGCGGCAGCCUAAAUCCUUCCUGCGCAAGGUAAACAACAAGCCCAAUCAAAUCUGUCCAUUGUAUAUCACUGUUCAUAUCCGAGCUUGGAUAUUCUUUUCAUCGAGGGCCACCCCGAAAAAAAUGGUUUGCACGCAAUACUUCAACGCUAACAAAUGCUGUUAAAUAGGACAGGAAAGAGAAAGUCGAUGAUUAUCGAGAGAUGUCAUAAGGAGUGCAGAGGUAGCGGUACUGGUUAUGUUGCAGAAUUUGGAAAGCCGGCUCGGUUCAGAGGUGCAGGUGGGAAAACACGGGCAAAUGUCGACGCAGCGCUUUGAAUGGUUGUCACUUUGACACUCCGCUUUCAAGAGUCUGCCUCUCUUUCGA